UUGCCGUCAGGUUGCCGGUAGAGCAUGUAGUGCUGCUGUUCUUUCUCUCGUUUACCAACGUGUGAUAAUGACUGUAAUAUUAUUAUUAUAGUAGCUGUUAUUAUAAUAAUAUUAUAUUAUAUAUACUUGAAAUAAUAUUAUAAAUAAUUUUUUUUUUCACAUUUCACCACGACCGGAUUUAUUAAUUACAAUAAUAACAAGUAACGACAAAAAAAUAUACUACCCAUAUACAUGUUUGUUGUGCGAUAAAACGAGGCUUAUAUUUUUUUUUUACUUGUUAAUCGCCAAUCGUCUUCUUCGUUAUAAUAAUAAUAUAAUAUUAUUAUAUUUCAUCGGAUCGUUCGCGAGUUGAUAAUAUUAAUUGUUUGUUUUUUUUGUUCGCCGCCGUCGAUAGUAUAGUUCGGUGUGUUUUUUUUUCUAAUAAAAAAAUAUUACUCGGUGAUUUUUUUUUUUUCUGUUAAUAAAUAUAGUAAUUGUAUUUCCUUCGUCGUCGCCAAGUGCCGUUUCUCAAGUGUUCGAGACGUGUAAAUGCAUCUUCCGGACAACGGCACAGGGUCUUGACGAAAAGCCACCGCACGUUAAGUUUUAAGCUGAAAACUUGAAGGCGUCAUGAAACUGAUGCCGUUUACUUCCGGUCAGAAUUCAACGUUGGCCGCGCGGCCAACGGCCACCGGUGGUGUGACCAACGGCAGCGGUGGCGGCGGCGGCUAUAGGGGCACCGCCGGCCCCGGCACCGUUCCCGGCACCGGAGCAGGACUCAACAACAACGUGGCGGCCGCCGCGUUCGUGUUCAACAGUGGCGCAGUGGCCGCAGCCGACCUGUUUUGGCGGUACCACCACCCGCACCACGGCGGUGCUUUCAACUUCCCACCUUCGCCUACCCUUUUACCACCUACGCCCUUCCCUUCGCCUAUCGACUUCAAACACCAUUUGCCGGCAAACCUGAUUACCGACCCUAGAAUCUGGAGCAAAGAGGACGUGGCCGCCUUCAUACAAUGGGCCGAGCUGGAGUUCGACUUGCCGCGCUUCGACACCGAACUGUUCCAGAUGAACGGCAAAGCCCUCUGUUUGUUGACCAAACAAGACUUGGGCGAACGAUGCCCCGGCGCCGGCGAUCUACUGUACAACGUGUUGCAGUUGUUGCGGCGCGGUGGCGACCUGUGUGCCGUCGGCGGCGGCCCUGGCCACAUGCCCAGCAGCCCCGUGGCCUCACACUUUCCGUUUAGCCCCACCUGGUGUCUACCGCCGCCGCCGUCGUCGCCGGCCGUCCUCAGCCCAGCGCCCUCCAUCGACAGCCAGUCGGACAGUCCCAGGCACAUGGACUUCCAGCAGCCACCCACCACCGUCGGCCAUCACCUCACGCCCAGCGUAUCGAUAUUCCCGACCAACGCUUCUGCCGGAUAUUCAAACAAUGGCGGCGGCACCAGCUCUGGCGGUAGCAAUCAGUCGGACUCAGACCCGGAAGAGUCUUCGGCACUCAACGGUCAGCUCCACCCACCGCCACCGACUCCGACUACACCGUCUUCCUCUACUUCACCGCCACCGUAUUCUCCGUCGACGCCCAAAAUGUCCAACGGCGGCAACAUAUUCUUCCCGUCAGGCGAUUCCAACUCUAUCGAACCCAAUACGAAUGGCCGUCUCCUAUGGGAUUUCCUACAACAGCUUUUGAACGAUUCUCAACAACGUUUCACCAGCUUUAUAGCUUGGAAGAACCAAGAGAUGGGAGUGUUCAAAAUCGUUGACCCGCCAGGUCUGGCCAAACUGUGGGGGAUCCAGAAGAACCAUUUGUCGAUGAACUAUGAUAAAAUGUCCAGAGCUCUGCGUUACUACUACAGAGUGAACAUUCUGAGGAAAGUCCAAGGCGAAAGACAUUGUUACCAAUUUCUUCGUAACCCGAGCGAACUGAAAUGUAUAAAAAACAUAUCAUUACUGCGUCAGCAAAUGGCGUCGUCACCUCAGACGCCUCCCACUCCAACCGCGGUCAAACCACAAGCGCCCGACGCGGCAGCAGAGGCGUCAGACGAAGAGUACAACUAUCCGACCGACCUGAGCAUGCCCUGCACCGGCCAGAGUCAGUGGCAAGAAGGACCCCAAGACUUGUCGACGGCCUCGACCAGUUCACCGAUGCAGCUGCAGCUCAACAUGUCUACCUCGGUAUCGCCACAAGUAUCAGCCGGCCUAUCCCAAACCGCUAUCAAACUCGAACAAGCCUCUUGAACGCUUUCCCAGCCCUGCCCGCCCACCGUACGCGUUGACAUUGACGUCGGUGUCGAGUACAAGCUUCUUACUAUAAUAUAAUGAAGGAAAUUUUUUUUAGAAAAUGAAAAAGGUUUUAAUUUUUUUUUAUGUUACCAAGUUUUAAAAUAUAAUAUUAUGAAAUUCGUACACCAACCAUGGACUGCCACAACGCCCGAUUUGUAUCAACGGGAUUGUAAUAAUAUUACGUUGUACACUCGGGAUACAAUCUAUACAGGGU